AUGUUUGACUGGGUCGGUUUGUUGUUAAAGGUACUCUACUACUAUGGGCAGAUCAUUGGACUUAUCAACUUCGAAAUUGACUGGCAAAGAGGUCGUGUCGUUGCAGCCCAAAGAGGCAUUCUUUUCGCAAUCGCAAUUAACGUCUUAAUUUGCAUGGUGCUGCUUUUGCAAAUAUCCAAGAAAUUCAAUCUCGAUGUGUACUUCGGUAGGGCUAACCAGCUGCAUCAAUAUGUGAUCAUCGUGAUGGUCUCACUGAGGAUGGCUUCAGGAAUUUCUGCAAUUCUCAACAGAUGGCGUCAGCGAGCACAACUAAUGCGCCUUGUUGAAUGUGUACUUCGGCUAUUUCUGAAAAAACCGCAUGUAAAGCAAAUGUCCCGAUGGGCAAUUCUGGUAAAGUUCUCUGUAGGUGUCGUCAGCAAUUUCCUACAAAUGGCCAUCUCUAUGGAAUCAUUGGAUCGCUUGGGGUUCAACGAAUUCGUGGGAAUGGCUUCGGAUUUCUGGAUGUCGGCCAUUAUAAAUAUGGCCAUAUCACAACACUAUUUGGUAAUACUUUUCGUUCGAGCCUAUUACCAUUUGCUCAAGACAGAGGUGCGGCAGGCGAUCCAUGAAAGCCAAAUGUUAAGUGAGAUUUACCCACGGAGAGCGGCUUUCAUGACCAAGUGUUGUUACUUGGCUGAUCGAAUAGAUAAUAUAGCAAAACUUCAGAAUCAACUGCAAUCGAUUGUGACCCAGUUGAACCAAGUGUUUGGCAUCCAAGGGAUAAUGGUUUAUGGCGGAUACUAUAUAUUCUCAGUAGCUACAACUUACAUAACGUACAGUUUAGCUAUAAAUGGUAUAGAAGAACUGCACUUGAGUGUCAGAGCAGCGGCACUGGUAUUUAGUUGGUUUUUAUUCUACUACACGAGUGCAAUACUAAAUCUGUUUGUUAUGCUCAAACUCUUCGAUGAUCACAAGGAGAUGGAACGGAUACUAGAAGAGAGAACUCUGUUUACUUCCGCCUUGGAUGUCCGCUUGGAGCAAUCCUUUGAAAGCAUUCAAUUGCAGCUAAUUAGAAACCCGUUGAAAAUUGAAGUAUUGGAUAUAUUUACCAUUACUCGCAGUUCAUCUGCUGCCAUGAUUGGAUCUAUAAUAACGAAUUCGAUAUUUCUUAUUCAAUACGAUAUGGAAUAUUUUUAA